GAGGGUGCGUGUGUAUAGUUCCGCUCCGGUACACAGGAUAGACGCGCAGAAGUGAAGAUGGCUGUGUUUUACACGAGGUGCCUCCAAGACCUUCCGAAAAUUACCAUCACGGAUGUACACCGGAUAGUCCAAGCGGCCAGCUCAACCCCGAGGAGCAAAAGGGAGAAAGGAUAUAAGAUGUAUAUAUCCAGUUACAUCGACAACUAUGAAGAUUGUCUUUGAAGACCGUGUACCAGUGGACAUUGCAGUGGCAGAGUGCUCCUGUGUGGCUGGGACAGCCCUCUGCAACCACAAUGUUGCACUACUGUUCCAGACUGCGCACUACUCCACACUGAACCUGGCUGCUGUACCCCCAGUCCUAAGCUGCACAGAAACAGAACAACGCUGGCACAAGCCAAGAACCAUGGGUGUAAAACCAGGCCGCGUGAGUGACAUGGUGUUCUUAUCCUCCAAGCCAAAGCAGUUUACAGUUGCUGAUGGUGUAAGGAGUAAACGUUACAAGGCAGUGCGAGGGGAGCUGCCAGAUCCAGAUGUCCUUAAAGUUGAUGAGCAGUACCAGGACUUCACUGCAGACAUCGCUCCACUCAUCACCACCAUGGCCAUAAGUGCAGACGUCCCGCUGGUUGAUUCAGCUUUUGGGAAAGUCCAGGCGGGUAGCCCCAUCUCCUACCAGCAUCCAGUACCAGUGAGCCGGGUUGUUGUACGCCAUCCAGAUGCCCCUCUGCCACCACCUUUACCUUUAGACAGUUAUAGGCUGGAGCCUACUAACUGCCAGUUUGUGUGCACUCACCAACAACACCUCCAUCUGCAGUCACUUGCCACUACAUUUGACAUGGCAAAAGAUUUCAGUGCAGUCGAGCACCACCUGCGUGUCUGGGAAAGCUGAAAUCUCAGGUGGAAGGUGAGCUCUGACAACUUCAGGGGGGAUCCACAGACGUUGGCUUCCUAGCAGGAUGUACAGGAAGUGUGUACAGGUGGAAAUAAUCCUGCUGGCUGUGGUGCGGUGAAUGCCAAACCGUUCUGCAAGAUCUACUACAUUUGACAUGGCAAGGAAAAUGGAGGUUGCCACCAGGGAGCAGAGCAAACUCUGUGGAGUGGCACCGAGUCAGGAGGCCCAGAAUAACUUCCUCCCGAUUCAGGGAAAUAUGCCAUGUCAGAGGUCAGAGUUCUGCAGAAAUCCUGUCACAAAGGAUUCGAAAGGGAGUGGAUCAAACUGCUGCAAUAAAGAGGGGCAACUGGAACCGGUUGCCAUCCAGGAGUACUGCCGGAUAAAAAACACAAAUUACUGGCCUUGUGGUUUUGUCAUCCACCCAGAUGCCCCCUGGUUAGGGUCAUCUCCUGAUGGUCUGGUGUUUGACCCGACUUAGAGCCCACCCUUUGGAUUGGUGGAAAUUAAAUGCCCCAAUGCAAAAAGCUACGUGGACUGUAGUUACCUGAAAAUGAAGAGUGGCACAAUGAAAUUAAAGCAGACUCACAGCUACUACUGGCAGGUACAAGGCCAGCUCCUACUUACAGGUAUGGAGUGGUGUGAUUUUGUUGUAUUUGCAGAGGAGGAUAUUCUUAUUCAGCGCAUAUAUAGAGACUGUGAAGUGGCUAAAACCAUUAGAGAGAAGGGAGAUUAUUUCUUUUUUUAUUUUUACAUGACCGUGUAAUGACUUCUCACCACUUUUUGCAGUUUGAUAUCUCACUAAAACAGUAAAUUUUUCUACGAACUAAUUAUACUUCAAUGAGUUUUGAUUAAUUGUUAAUAAAUCUUAAAUGUGUUUUGA